AUGCCGGGGGACCCACAUGAGGAACUCACUCAGUUUGCAGAUGUCUUGCUCUCGCCUGGUGGGACUACCUGCACGUGUGAGGACUUGCGGGGACCUCACUCAAGUUGCAGCUGUACAGCGCACACUGGCAGGGCCGACUUCUGGGUGGUCACUUGUAAGAAUCUCAGUCAGGUUGCAGAUGUCCAGCGGGGGCAGCUGGGCAAACCUGAAUGCUCCUUUGUUGUCUGGGGACUUAUAGCCUUCUUAGCCUUGGCACUCAUUAUAUCUCUGAUCUUCAAUAUCUCUCAUUAUGUAGAAAAGAAGCGACAAGGUAAAAUACACAUGUUUCCUGAUGACUACAUUCUGAGGGACGAUGAAUAUUUUAUUGAAGACACACCAAUUUAUGGUAACUUAGAUAAUGUAGCCCCAGAACCAACAGAUGAAAACUGCUAUGAACAAAUGAAAGCCAGACCAGAGAGAUCCACGAGUAAACUGCAAGUAAAACAUGCAGCUGAGGAAGCACAGAUGUGCUAUGCCUCAUUGGACCACAGCUACAAGGGGAAGCAUGGCAAGCCCAGGAAAAAGGAAACUCCUAGGUUACACCAGAAUGAAGAUGAACCACUCUAUUCAAUGGGUGCCGUUAUUUCUACCAUCAGUGGGACAGACAAUGUCCCACCAGAAAACGAGGCAAUCGAAGAAAACAUUCAUGAUGAUCCCGUCAGACUAUUUGAACUGAUUCGAGCAAAGGAAGACCCUGUAAAUUAG